CAAUGGAUCUUCUGUAUUGGUGGUCCCUAGAACCUGCCACUUGAAAUGAAGAUACUGUAGCUCGAGUACUCACAUUGUCUAUCAUCUCCAUCUAAUGCUCGAGCACCUAGUCUCCAACUUAGCCAAGGCCUUGAGAUAUUCCCAAAAGUCAGACCUUGUGACAUCCUUACUGCCCAGGACUGUUGGAUCACGCACCUUAUCCCGUCCACUUUGCUCCUCCCACUCACGUCGCCAGCACCAGCGACAGCAAAGGCAUAUUACCACAGCUAUGGCCCAACCUCCUCUUGAGAGCCCAGCUUUUACUGGCAAAGUCGUUAGUGCAAUGAGAUCACUCUACCCCGAAGAACUAGCCGACCGAUCAUGGGAUAAUGUCGGACUUCUCCUGGAGAAUAUCAACCGUCCACAGGAGCCUGAACAACCCACAGUGCUUGUCACCAAUGACCUAACAAUCAAAGUGGCAGAAGAAGCCAUUCGAAGGAAGGCCUCUGUCAUUGUCAGCUACCACCCUUUCAUCUUCAGACCCAUGAAGGCUGUUGGCCUCAGUGAUCCCCACCAGAGGAUCCUCCUCCAGUUGGCCCAACACAACAUCGCUGUCUACUGCCCCCACACGGCCGUGGAUGCCGCUCCAGGAGGCAUGAAUGACUGGCUAGCAGACAUGCUAAACGGCCGUUUCGAUGUGGCCCGGCGAUCGGUUGUACAAUCCAUCACCAGCCCCCUACCCCAGGGUUUCGAGGGUGCAGGCUACGGUAGGCUGGUCGAGCUCGCCCGUCCGGUCUCCCUCAGCGAAAUCGUCAAGGCGUAUUCGGAGGGACUCGGAAUGCGGUAUUUGAUGGUGGCCCGGCCAAAGACGGUCGGGCAGCAGAUGAACCCGGUGAGGUCGGUGGCUGUCUGUGCCGGCUCUGGCUAUGACGUCCUCAAGAAUAGCCCAGCGGACUUGCUGGUGACCGGGGAGAUGACCCACCAUAAUGCCCUCAAGGCGACGAUGGAGGGGAAGUGCGUCAUCACUGUCUUUCACAGUAAUUCUGAGAGGAAGUUCCUGCGGGACCGGCUGCAGCCACAGCUACAGGAAUUGCUGAGGAGGGAUAUCCAGGCGGCGGAGGUACUGGUCAGUGAGGAGGACGAGGACCCGUUCGAGAUCUGGGAUGUCCGUGACCUUGCCAUUUGACCAUGCGUAGGUAUCAGGGAUUUAGUACAGUGGACAGGUCAGACCAAUAGGCAAGAUAAUAUGGGCGGCCCAUCUCUAGACUGCCAAAUUCCGUCUCGGCGUGAAAAUAAUAUGGGUAUAUUGGUGUGUGAGUCUCGGUCCCCAGGCUUUGCUCAUAACACCCGACCUCUUCCUCCUAGGCCAGCAAUUAUUCCGUACUAUCUCCCUCGUCAUCCCUGAAAGCCUCAUCCCCCCUGAGAGCCGCAUCCCCUUCUCUUAUACACACAUCCACAUCCUCACCCCCAAAUCCCUUCUCUUUCCACGUCUCCAGCAACCUUCUCGGCAUCUCCCACUCCCUCCUCGCCUCCUCCACCCUCCCCUCCGCAACCAACCCCCGCAACCUCUCCGGCACCCCCAACACC